AUGCAACGGAGCAACCGAGUGCUUGGUAUUGUAGCGGUAGUCACGGUGUUUCUGGUGCUGGCUCAGUUUGCGUUGAUUAGCAAGGAAUCAGCGACGUAUGUGGUAGUGGGAGAUGAGCCGAUGAUGCAGUUGGAAGAGGUUACGGAAGGAUCGGGGAAGAAGACGCCCGUGUUUGAACCGACAAAGACGCUGCCAGUUGUGCUGAUGCAUGGGAUGGGCGAUGCUGCAAGAAAUGGAGGCAUGGUGCGCAUGCAGAAGGCAAUUGCAACGCGCCUUGGAGCUUAUGUGGCCAAUGUCCAGCUGGGCAACUCAGUGCAUGAAGACGUGACCAACAGCUUCUUCAUCACGAUGGACAACCAGACGGAGAUGUUUGCCAAGAUCGUGCGAGAGGACCCGCAACUGGCAUUUGGAUUCAAUGCGGCGGGGUUCUCUCAGGGAAACUUGUUGAUUCGCGCGUACAUUGAGCGCUACAACGACCCACCGGUUCACAAUUUUGUUUCGUUUCAUGGACCGCUUGCUGGUGUGGGAGGACUCCCACGGUGCUCUCCCCUCAACUUUAUCUGCAAGGAAAUUGACAAGCUGAUAGGAGAAGCGGUUUACACGGAAGAAGUCCAAGAGCGUCUCGCACAGGCAAACUACUAUCGUGACCCGCUUCGUAUCGAUGCUUAUCUCAAGCACGCGAGGUUCCUCCCCGAUCUCAACAAUGAGAGGACGCCGACCAACCAGACGUACAAGGAUAACUUCACCAAGCUGCACAAUCUUGUGCUUAUCCGCGCUAACCAGGACAUGCAGGUCUUUCCAAAAGAGUCGGAAUGGUUUGGUAUGUACGAAGACGGCGAUCCGCUUCACAAUGUGCUGGGCUUCAACGAGACGAGAUGGUAUCAGGAAGAUCUAUUCGGACUAAAAACGCUGGACGCAGCUGGUAAGGUGCAUUUCCUGUCCACUGACGGCGACCACCUGAGGUUCUCCAUUGAGUUCGUCCUUGGCGUAGUGGACAAGUAUUUCCGCCCACAGCUGCUGAAUUAG